AUGGAUUUUGAAGCAGCCUACAUCGUUGAUUCAGUGGGGGAAACGCCGACUACAUUCAAGUCGGCGAUGGAAUCAAGCGACUCCGGCAAGUGGAAAGAAGCGUGUGACUCGGAGUUCGAUUCGCUUCAGAGAAACGACACGUGGGAAAUCGUGCCUCUUCCGAAAGGUCGCAAGGCCAUCGGGUGCCGAUGGGUUUUUCGUGUAAAGGAGAAUCAAGAUGGCGAAGUUGAACGUUUCAAGGCAAGACUUGUGGCCAAAGGAUUCUCACAGAAAUUCGGAGUUGACUAUGAAGAAACUUUCGCACCGGUGGCCAAGUUCACAUCGAUUCGUGUGGUGCUCAGUAUGGCGGCUAAGUACGGCCCUAAUGCUACAUCAGAUGGACGUCAAGACAGCGUUUCUUAA